UAUACUCUUCUCUUUAAUCCCCAUAAUACACAAGAAGAAAUUGUCAAGCCAACUCAACUUGUUGGCAUCUUUUGUUCAAAAAAUGGCAACCGUUCUUUUGAAAAUCUUCUUUCUCUUAUCAAUCUUCCACAUCUCUUUGGCUUCAAGGAGGUUGAAUGAGUUGGUGCAGAAUCCUACUCAGCUUCUUCACUACCAUAAUGGCCCUCUUCUUUCUGGCAAAAUCUCAAUCAACCUCAUUUGGUACGGUCACUUCAAACCUUCCCAGAAGGCAAUAGUCUCCGAUUUCAUCACCUCACUCUCACCUUCACCCUCUCCACCACAGACCAUCCAACCAUCCGUCGUCUCGUGGUGGAAAACCACCGAGAAAUACUACCACCUCAGCAGUAACAAAAAAGCCACCCGUAAACUUUCCUUUUCUCUCAACAAACAGAUUCUGGACGAAAGCUACUCGCUUGGGAAAUCCCUCACCAACAAGCACCUCAUUGAGUUGGCUUCAAAGGGUGAACACAGAAACGCCGUCAAUGUAGUUUUGACCUCGGCUGACGUGGCAGUUGAGGGCUUCUGCAUGAGCCGAUGCGGAACCCACGGUUCCUCCUCGACGGGGCGUACCAAGGGGAACGACAAAAGCUACAAAUUCGCUUACAUUUGGGUUGGGAACUCCGAGACUCAGUGCCCGGGUCAUUGCGCUUGGCCGUUUCACCAACCGAUUUAUGGGCCGCAGAGCCCACCGUUGGUGGCGCCUAACAACGAUGUGGGUAUCGACGGGAUGGUUAUCAACCUGGCGAGCCUGUUGGCUGGGACGGCGACGAACCCGUUUGGGAAUGGGUUCUUCCAAGGGCCGGCGGAAGCCCCGCUGGAAGCCGCGUCGGCUUGCCCUGGUGUUUAUGGCAAAGGAGCUUACCCUGGUUACGCCGGAAACUUGCUGGUGGAUUCUUCUACUGGCGCUAGCUACAAUGCUCAUGGUGCUAAUGGAAGGAAGUACCUACUUCCUUCUUUGUAUGACCCUUCCACGUCAUCGUGCUCCACCCUAGUUUGAGGAUCACUAUGUUAUAUUAGUUGUUAGGGAUAUAUAUUCAUUCAUUCCUUCAUAGGUAGAAGCAAAUUAUAUUGGUUUGCUUUCAAAUAUUGGUGUAUUAUUAAUCGAUUAAUUUUAGCAUUCA